AUGACUGACGAACCUGGACCUGAGCGUGCCGAUCCUGCGCGACGCACUACAUCUUUUGGAUCUUUCAUCAAGCGGACAAAGUCCAAUGAUCUCCUAGGCGAACGCAAGCCCUCCACUACUCGACUACGCAAAAAGAGCUUGGAUAGUCAGCGUCGUCCAUCGGUUUCAGACACUCCUCCUGCAUUGCCAACUGUCAGUCCUCAGCCUGUUAUAGACUCUUUUGGAGGCGAGAACUACAACCCAAUGUCUAGUAUGUCACCAAUUUCAACUGCCCACGGGGCGUAUGGUAUCCCUCCCGUUCCACCGUUGCCAGCAGCCCUGCAGAAUAGUGCCGCCGAUGUUUAUGCUAGGGCGGAAAGCAUGACCCAUCGUUCUCGUUACAGUUAUGCCCAGAGUACAUCCAGCACAGUCAACAGUCCGAGAAGGGUACGCAGGAGAAAGGACCCUACACCCUACAAUAUCCUCGUUGUAGGGGCCAAAAACUCUGGCAAGACAUCCUUCAUCGAUUUCCUCAAGGUUUCCUUGGCCCUGCCUCCCAGAAAACAAGCUCCUCGAUCCUCCGAAGCUGGCGAGACGACGAUAGUCAAGUCAUAUCACAACUUCACUCAUCAUUACCAGGAGAUUGAAGUGGACAACGAAAGAGUAGGGUUGACCCUUUGGGACUCGCAGGGGUUGGACAAAGGUGUUGUUGACCUGCAGCUACGCGAGCUGACCAGCUUUGUGGAAAAUAAGUUCGAAGAAACCUUUGCAGAAGAGAUGAAGGUCGUACGUUCGCCCGGCGUGGGUGACACCAAAAUUCACUGCGUCUUCAUGAUCCUCGACCCUUCCCGCCUCGACACAAACAUGCAAGCUGCCCAGGAGAGUUCAUCCACCACAAGACGCAUCGGCAAACCGUCUCGCAUCAUCGGUGCACUCGAUGAGGACUUCGAGCUGCAAGUGCUGAAGAGCUUCCAGGGCAAAACCACGGUGGUGCCGAUAAUCAGUAAAGCCGACACUGUGACAACUGCUCAUAUGGCGUAUUUGAAGCAAAUGGUCUGGCAAAGCCUGAAGCAAGCUGGCCUCGAUCCUCUCGAGGCACUCAAUGUCGCUGCUGCAGACAGUGACGAUCAAUUUGACGAGGCGGAUGAGGACGAUCUCAACGACCAUGAGGAAGGUGAAGACGUAAGUCCUCCAGGUUCUCCCAGAAGCGACGACUCGGAUAACGUCGACUCUAAGAAUGGUGGUACGAAGCACAAGGCCUCUCACAAUCGAACCGUGUCCAAAACAUCUAUCUCGAGCCAGAUGUUGGAUAGCGGAUAUGUUCCCAUGUCCAUUCUUAGCCCGGACCGAUACUCACUGGAUCCAAAGAAUGGCCCGGUUGGUAGGCAGUUCCCUUGGGGGUUUGCCGACCCGUACAGUUCAGAGCAUUGCGAUUUCGUCAAGCUCAAGGAUGCCGUCUUUAGCGAAUGGCGUAAUGAGGUGCGGGAAGCCAGUCGUGAGAUCUUUUACGAAAGAUGGAGAACAAAUCGUCUCAAUAGACAAGCUGCUGCAAAGGUCAGCAACACGACUGCACACAGGAGACCAUCUGGCGGCAUUCCCAUUCAGGUGAAGUCUGGCAAGAAUCGUUUCUAA